AUAAAUAAGUGGCAGCAACUUCAUGUGACUGCAGACGGACUCUGACUUCUUUGUGCAUCCUUGGAUCCCUGUUAUAGACCUUUAUCAGGAUGGAUCAGAUGGAGAUCGAUGACAGCAUAUACUUGAAGAAGAGUCUCACCAUGGAAGGCCUCAUUACCAGUGUAGAUCAUCAGAGAAGAAAAUCCCCCUCCAGAUGUGUUUCUGUGUGUCUUGGAUUACUGUGUGCUGUCCUGUUGGCUGGAAACAUAGGACAAUAUGUCUACUAUAAUAUAUUCAGCCAUCCGCUCUCCUCUGACCAGAUGCAGGCUGCUCUCAGCACUGGAGCAGAUCAGCUGCAGAGCAGCACUGAAGCUUUAACUGCAGAAAGGAAACAGUUAGAGGCCAGACUGAGUAACCUGACUACAGAACAAGAUCAGCUUCAGCAAAGCUACAACACCCUAAGACAAGAACAAGUAGAGCUACAGAAGAGUAAUGACGACCUGCAGAGAGAGAAGGCUGAGUUACAGUCUAAUUUCUCUUCAGUGACGAGUGACAGGGAUGAGCUGCAAAUCCGCUACACAAAUGUGACUCUAAGUAAAAAUCAACUUCAGAACAGACACAAUUCACUGAGGACUGACAAAGAAGCACUGACGAAUGGUUAUGAUGCCCUGAAGAGGGAACAAGAGCAGCUACAGACCAAUUACAGCAGUUUGGAAACAGAUAGGGAAGAGUUAGAGAAGACGAUUGACAAAGUAAGAGUUGACCUGACUAAAGAGAGAGACCAGCUACAGCAAAGCUACAACACCUUAAGACAAGAGAGGGCUCAGUUACAGACAAACAUGCAGAGGAAUUAUGACAACCUGCAAAGAGAGAAGAAUGAGUUACAGACAAAGUUUACCACGAUGAGGACUAACAGAGAUGAGUUACAGAGGAGUUACUCCUCAGUGAGGAGUGAAAAGGACCAGCUGCAAACAAGUAAAGAAGCUCUGCAAACACGUUAUAACACUGUGCAGAGAGAAAAAGAGCAGCUGAGGACUGAUUACAGUUCUUUGUCAUCAGCUAAAGAUCAGUUAGAGAAAAAGGUCAACAAAAUAAAAGCCCGACCCUGUGAGCCAGGCUGGAGGAAGUUUGACAUCAGCUGUUACUAUGUUUCGACUGCAAAAGGAAACUGGACUUUAAGCAGAAGUGGAUGCAUCACCAAAGGCGCUGAUCUGGCCAUCAUAGACAGCAGGGAGAAACAGAUAUUUAUCAAUGGGCUGCUGGGAGAAGGAGUGAAUGCCUGGUUUGGUAUGACUGACAGUGUCAAAGAGGGAACCUGGAUGUGGUUGGAUGGGACCCCGGUCACAACUACGUACUGGCAGCAAGGGCAGCCCAACAGCUUUGAAGGGAAACAGGACUGUGGGGAAAUUGUGCAGACGGAAGACAUUGGAGGAUGGAACGAUGACGGCUGUUUUGCUGAAAAUGUCAGCAUCUGUGAAAAAUAAGAUCAUGGUUGAGUGAAUGUUUGUCUCUUAUGUCUAAAGCUCAUGAUGUCCUGAUGAAGACCCUUAAAGGGGUCUUUUUAUAUUUCCAUCCUUCCAAGGGUAUCUCAUCAUGUGACUUUUAGUGAUAUGAAUAGCAAAGGUUUUUACAAAUGACAUAAUGAUUAAAAUGUACAACAUGAAUGGACAACCUUUCCUCGACAACCUUUCAUAAAUCAUACUUUUAGAUCAAAGUGAUCACGUUGUUAGUUUGUCACAGUCAAAUCAAUAGCAUGUUCUAUAUUAUGGUUAA